AUGGGGAGGAAGAAGAAGGCGACGACGCCGAAUCCGAGUACGCCGGAACCGGAAUCUCUUAAGCAACACCCUAGUACAUCAAAAGUGGAUAUUCCAGCACUGGAGGUGACAGAAAUUGAUGGAACAGUAACUCGUGAAAACCCUGGAAAAUCACCAUUGAAGGAGAGCUCACCAGUGGUAGAACACGAAGCUGUAGAAAAUGAAGCUAUGAUUAAAUGGAAAACAUUUACAACUCAGAGUCGAAUUUCUGAUAAAGGUAUGGGUCUUAAAUUUAUUGCACCAAUGGUCAUGAAUGGAGUUCCAGUUGCAAAGCUGGAUAAGACAGAGGUGUCUAAGCUGAGUGACAUAUGGAUUAACUCAAUAAUUGUGUAUGUUAUUGGUCAAUCUCCCACUAUUACUGCUAUGACGGCGUAUAUUCGAUCUCAUUGGAAUGUGAAUAGUGAUCCCAAAAUAUUCAAACAUGAGGAGGGAUAUUUUGUGGUGAAACUUGAUUUUAGGGUUGAUAGAGAUGCAAUUUUGUGUGCUGGACCACAUUUGUUCUAUGGUAAACCAAUCAUAGUGAAGCAGUGGGAUCCUAGUUUUAAUUUUCACAAUGAAGUAUUGAGAAUUAUCCCCUUAUGGGUUAAACUUCCUAAUCUGCCUCUUCAUUACUGGAGUGGGGAUUCUCUCAGUAGGAUAGGAAGUUUGCUGGGGAGACCUGUGUAUGCUGAUGAAUGUACUUCUAAAGCCCUUAGAGUAUCCUUUGCUAGGAUACUCAUUGAAAUGGAUGUCACUAAAACGCUUCCAACUGAGAUACAAAUAGAAGAACCCAAUGGUGCUACUUUCACUCAGAAAGUUAGCUAUGAUUGGCUACCACCUUACUGUAAGAAAUGUCUAAAGGUGGGACAUAAUUGUGAAACUGGGGGAAGCAAGCCUAAAAUUCAUCCUAAGCCUGUGCAGAAGUGGGUGCCUAAGUCUCAUGAGAAAGAGAAAGCUACAGAACAACCAGCUCCUAUUGGUGAUCCUACAGUGCUAGUAGAUCCUAGUGUUCCCCAAAAGAAUGUUGGUGAUCCUAGUAUUGUAGUAGAUCUAAGUAGUGAGAUAACACCUGUAGCUACUCCUAUACAGCAAGCUAAGGAUGAUCAGCAGGAAGAAGAAGGAGCUUGGAAGGUUGUAACUAGGAAAACUAAAGAUAAAGGGAAACAAGCAGCUUUUCAAUCCAGUAAGGCUGUGUAUUUCUCUCAUGGAGGUCAUAACUCAGGAGUUCCUGGGGGUGCUAAGGGGCCUAACCCUUAUUUUUCUUGA